GUUUGGGAAAAAGCAGGAAUUUUUUAAAUCAAGAUUGACAAAGGCUUGAAAUUUAAUCCUCUUUUGCCUUGUAACCCACGUUAUCUGCUCCUCAAAUACCAGUAUUUAAGAGGGAUCCCUGCCUUUGUGAAUUUUCCUUAACAACAUCUUCCAAAUUUUAGAGGAACCAAAAGCAAGAGUGGGGGUAAAGAGAGAGAGAGAGACAGACACCCAAGCUUAUCUCUUUUUUGGCUUCUUGUUUCUAUCUCCUUGAAUACAAAUUUAACAGCUCAAGUUUUCAGAUACAGCUCUUCAAAAUUUUCCAUUUAAGACCCUGUUUCAUCCACUUUCUUUCGUGUGAAUUGGUUUAGAGAGAGAAUCAGAUAUACCUUUUUCUCUUUCUUUGGUUCAGGAAAUUGAAUAUAUCUUGUUUUGGAGGUGCAAGUUUGAAGCUCUCUCUCAUGGAGGGGGAUGGCUCAGUUCUGAACAAGGUGGAGGAGGAGCACAUAGAUCUCCCCCCUGGUUUCAGGUUCCACCCGACUGAUGAAGAACUCAUCACCCACUAUCUCUCUAGAAAAGUUCUGGACUCCGGCUUCACUGCAAAGGCAAUAGGAGAAGUAGAUUUAAACAAGUGUGAGCCAUGGGAUCUUCCCUGGAGAGCAAAGAUGGGAGAGAAAGAGUGGUAUUUCUUUUGUGUUAGAGAUAGAAAGUACCCAACUGGUUUGAGGACAAAUAGAGCGACAGAAGCUGGGUACUGGAAAGCAACAGGGAAAGAUAAGGAGAUAUACAGAGGGAAGAACAGCAGUGCUACACUUGUUGGGAUGAAAAAAACCCUAGUUUUCUACAAAGGAAGGGCUCCAAAGGGUGAGAAAAGCAAUUGGGUCAUGCAUGAAUAUCGUCUUGAGGGGAAAUUCUCCCUCUAUAAUCUCCCCAAAGUUUCAAAGGAUGAAUGGGUCAUAUGCCGAGUGUUUCAGAAGAGUUCAGGGGGGAAGAAGAUAGUAGUUACAGGGUUUAUGAGGGUGAAUUCUUUUGGAGAUGAAUUGAAUUCCCCUCUCCCUCCAUUAACGGACUCUCCAUACAAAACCAAGCCCUGUUCUGAUCAAGUUCAGCAUGUGACCUGCUUCUCCAAUAGAGCAGAGAACCACAGAAACACCCACCCUGAAGAAGGUUCAGUAAUGAAUGAAUAUUUCCCCUCUUCGCUCUUCACGAAUAAUUCAGUGGACACAACAAACCCUACUUCAUCGCUCUACACGAGAACUCCAUUUCAGAGCCCCUUCUAUGCUCCUGGAGCUCAGGGUUUCCAUGGCCCUAGGCUUGAUUCUUGUGACCAAGCGAUUUUGCGAGCUCUCCUCGACAGCCAUGGCUCGGAUUUGAAGCCCUUGAGACUGAACCAGGGGUUGCAGAAACCGGAUUAUGGGGCUUCUUCUCAUCAACCAGCCAUGGUCAGUAUAUCUCAGGAGACUGGAUUGAGCAGUGAGAUAAAUGCUGAGAUCUCUUCUGUGGUCUCUAACCAUGAAAUGGGAAGUAGGCCUUUCCAUGAUCCAGAGGAUCACCCUUCCUCUAAUGGACCAGUGGACCUUGAUUGCCUUUGGAACUAUUGAAAAAAGGAAGAUUGUAGAGAAGCUUGCGAUGUAAAUUUUUUUCUCUUUUCUUUUAAAUGUUGUGUAUAAUUUUCAUGAGAAAAUAAUAGAUUCAGAGAGAGAGAACCCCAUGAUAGCCUUGUGUAAGAACAAAUGAAGCUUAUUCACAUGUUCUUAUGUUUUAAUUUUUUUCUCUUUUAUCUAUCUAUCUAUGAGAAUGAGAGUAUGGUUUCUUAUUCAAAAAA